AUAGGGAUAUAGUGGUAUAGCUUUAUUGCAGAUCAACUUCUGUUAGGACAUGUACAUGUGUGUAUACAUGUCUUGCUAUGGUUGUGGGGACACAUUUGUGUUUGAAACCAUCAAUAUGAGUUAUUUUGGCCAGUCGUGACGGCUCCAAAAGGCUUUUUGAAGGACACCUGCAGUGACUGAGGCCAGUGUCAAGAUGAGUCUCUACGACGUGAAUGAAACUGAAAGUAACGUCCUUUGUAAAGGUUGAAACGUGAAGAGUGAAGUACACGCACCAAGCAGCAGGCGCAUUCAAAAUUUCUCCAGGAAUUUUCGAAUACUUUUAAUGUUAUGCUCUACCGGGGCAAUCGUCCGUAAUUGUGUCAUCAGUUCAGCUCUUUCUUGUUAGACUUUCUGCACGACAUAAAAAUAUGUUCAAAUGAGCACAUCCCAGUCACCUGCUUCUUACAGUGUGUUUUGUCUGUAUGCUAAUCAGGCUGCGCAGACACCGUGACGGGAUUGGUCGAAGCAGAGAGGAAGAGCCUCCAACUCCACGGCCGGCUUCUCCUAUUGGUGCGACAAUGAUCCUGCGAGUCCUCGCCACAGCUGUAGCCGUUCAAGCAUUCAGAGGAAAAGAGCUUAAGAAACCGGCCAGCACAUCAUUAGUGGCGGCUGACAUGAUAGGCAGCGCGCCUCUUUACCGCCUUUGUCAACAUUUGUGUGUAAUUUGUGAUUUGGUUUGAGAUGCUGGUAGUGAUUGUUGGGGACUGGGUUAGUUUUAAAAUUGUGAUUGUGCAUCACACCCUUAGAAAAAGACUGUUGGACACAUUAGGAACAGGGGUGCUGCUUGUGUUUUGGGGUUGGUUAGAAUCGCACAGUUGGGCUCUUUGUUGGCUCCUGUUCCCCUACUUUAGUUAUCCUCUCACCUUGUUUGUAUUUUUGAUUCCUUAUUUAGCAUCCGGGUUAUGCAAUGAAUUUGAUUUACAAAUAACACCUGGUUUUAUGUUGUUUCCGUUUUCCCAUAGCUGUGUCGUAACAUAAAGACUGCCAAUAUAUGGUGACUGGGGGGACAAUACACCAUGAUUUCUUUGUAUAUGGAAACCAACAUGGCUGCAACUGAAACCUGGUUCUGUGAGCAGUCCACGAUCAGACUGCAUCCGACAAGAAACCACGUUCAACGGCGAAGAAAAGAAGCAACACGAGUAACUUUCGAUGUGGUUUUCAACCGCCGGAGACAGCUCCUGAGAUAUUACUCUGGAUCAGCAAGUGACAGGGAAGAAUGCAAACACCACCCUGGACUUCCUGUUUUCCAUGAGGGCAUGAAGUACUGGAGCUGCUGCAGGAAGAAAACGUCAGACUUCAACACAUUUUUGUCCCAGCAGGGCUUCACUACAGGAAGUCACCUUUGGAGGAAGCAUAACCAGGGGAUGAAGGUGAAGCCGUGUAGGUUUGACUGGCACCAGACAGGCAGUCAGGUCAUCAUCUCCAUCUACGCAAAGAACUCCUCACCAGAGCUCAGCUACGUGGAGGCCAACAGCACCACGGUGAACAUGCGUGUGGUGUUUGAGGGAGAUAAAGAGUUUGAACAGAACAUCAGUUUAUGGGGGGCUGUGGAGGUGAAGAGCAGCGUGGUGAACCUGAUGGCUGCAAAGAUGGAGGUGUCUCUGAAGAAGGCUGAGCCAAUCAUGUGGGCCCAUCUGGACCUGCCCUUCCUCCCAAAGGAUCAAGAACAGGGAGGAACCAAACAGACAUAGCUGCCUCUAACCUCACUUCCUACCUGUGUUUCUCAAGGAUACAUACUGUAUAUUUCAGCUUGCAUUCAGUUGGACGUCCAAAGGAGUAAUUCGUUUUUUUAUUAGGCAUAUUCUUGGAGGUCACAAAAAUUCAAAAACCUUUAUCAUAGAUAUUUAUGCCUAAUUAGACUUACAGGCACACUGCUUUUGUUACCAGACUGCCAUCUUAGCACAUUCAUUUUAUACACAUUUACCAAUUCAGAACCAUAUUUUUACACUGUACCUUUUUCAUCCUGUGAACCAUGGAUUAGAAUCUGAUUCUCUGCUCUGUCUCUUGAUUUACUGCCCAGCUGUGACACUUAGAUAUCCUACAGUACAUAUUUUUCUCUUAUGUAAUAACGUUGCCAUAUAUGUUCUGUUAUCCCUAAUCUUACAAUAUUCUCAUUUUCUUUGUCUUUAUUUAGCUCUGUUAACUCAUCAUUUAAAGACAGAUUUGAACUGUAUGUCCUUCAACAGAAAUCUGGUUUCAUGCAGGUUUAUCAUUAAAUGUUGUUGUGUUCUUUUCA